AUGUUUUGAAGGAAGACCAGUUUUACCCUGUGAUUGCUGACAACUACUAUGAUCAAGCUCAAUCACACCAUUCUUAGUUUGAGAUGGACCAUUCUGAAACAGCUAAGAUGAUCAACUUGUUUUCAUCUUCAGCUCAGCCUUAUGCCUGUCCUUAUCAUCACCAUAAACCUACAAGUGAUGUUCUUCCACAAAAGGAUGAAAAUGCUUCCUCUGAACAGAAAACAUGGAGCUCUCUGUUCAAAAAUCACACAUCAUGUGAUAUGGUGAACAAAUAUGAGCUGUUGAAGAUUGCAUUUUCACGUCCAACUACAACCUUUCCAGAGCAUUCUGAAUGGGAAUCUUUGACUUCACCUCCAAUAACCUAAAGUGAACUCCAUGAGGUUUGUGGAGAGGAGAUAAGGAAAGUAUUCAUCUGUUUAUUGAGGCUCGUGAAGUCUAUUCUGGCGAAUGGAAGGUAGAGGAGGUUGAAGAAGAUGCAGACAAUAUUCAACCAUUUCUUUAGGUUCCUGAAUAAUCGGUGGGUGGAAGUUCUUCGACCGAACUGAAUGAGGUGUGUGCAGAGGAGGACAAUGUUGAAAGACAUGAAGAGCCAUUUGUUGAAGCUCCUGAUAUUCCAUCAAUCUGAUGCAAGAGGUUCAAUUACUGAAGGAGAGGCAAAUGAAACAAGAAGAGAAAAUCCAGGCUCUUGGGAAGGAGCUAGCUGGUAUGUGUGCUUGACUGCUUGAGAUUUAAAAUCAUCAAAUUUCUGCUUAUUAUUACAGAUCCCAUCUUUCAAAGGUUUCAUUAAACACUAAAGUAUUUUGGUUUCUUUAGGUUGGUUCUUUCUGUCUAAGUUCGAACUAACCUCAGAGGAAUCCAUGUAUCAACACAUACUUUGAUCAAGAUAUUUGUGAAUACAAUUAUAUUUAAACAAACAUAAAGUUUUGAAAUCGAAGCUAAAAAGGGUAAAAGAAAAAAUAAGAUAAGAUUAAAAAAAUGCAAUAAAGAUAUAAAGAUACGUAAGAUAAAAUAAAUAAAAAAUAAAAAGAUAAAUGACAUGAUAACUCUAUUAUUAAAAAUAAAACAUAAUUUUUCACUAAUAUUGCACUAAUGUUGCACGAAGAUUUAUAUUUUAAAAUAUUUCACUAAAACAACAUCUAAUGUAGCACUAAUGUUGCACUAAAAAACAUCUAAUGUUGCACUAAAAUAGCGUAUAAUGUUUUACUAAAAUAGCAUCUAAUGUUGCACUAAUGUUGCACGAAAUUUAAAUUUUAUAAUGUUUCUACUGUUUCACGAGGCUUAACAUUUUUGAUGUUGCACUAAAACAUCAUCUAAUGUUGCACUAAUGUUGCAUAAGGACUUAAAUCUUAUGAUGUUCUAUUAAAUUAGCAUUUAAUAUUGAACUAGGCUUUAUGUUUUGGUAUGUUGCACUAAAACAAUUUCAAGUUGGACUGGGAUUUGACGAUGUUGCAUUAAAACAGCUUCAUGUUGUACUAGAAUUUGACGAUACUGCAUUAGAUAUUCUGUUUGGUAACCCAUUUAUUGCUAGUGUCGUCUAAAUAUUCUCAAUCAAGAGACUUAUCCUACGAAGUCCAAAGGAAGUUGUUAGACCUUUGAAGUUGAAGGAAUAAACUUCAACAUUGUCAUCGUCUAUGGGAAUUUGAAGUUAACUCCCUAUUUAUAGUGAAUUUGAAAUUGCAAGGUCUUCGGAUGAAAUAUCCAGUGUGUAAUACGCUUAACCACUCAACCACCUCUUUAAUGCUCAACCAUCUCAUUAAUUGCUCAACCACCCGAAUAUAAUGCAUUUGACCACUUUGAAAUUUAUCAAAAAGCAAAUUAUUCCAUAAAUGUGGACCCAAACCUAUCAAAAAACGUGCAUCUCCCCAGCCACCUCAUUUAAUGCAUAAUGGAUUUGAAUUGUGUGGCGCGGGGAAACGUAUUUCAUAAAUUAGGAAUCUCUAACAAACGAGUCUUCAUCGUAACUCACAAAUUUUUUAACAAAAACCAAUUAAUUGAACUGAUGCACACUAAAACCCUUCAGACCCCGGCCCAUUUCGAUUGACCCGUAUUUGACCUGGUUUUUUGGGCAGGAAAAGUGUCUGAAAUUUCACUUCAGUUUGUAUAUAGUACGAUGAUGUCUAGAGAAAAGUUUCCGAUAGAUGGUAAGCAUGAAUGCAUGAUGGAUAAUACUUCUUUUAUUCUUUUUUAAUUGAAACAAUUCACUUUUUACGUUUGGCAACACACAAAUUUGAUCAUCAAUAUCUUUCAUUUUUUAUUAUUAAAAAAAUUAAAAAAUUCAGAUUUUCAAAUUUUAAAAUUAGAAGAAUUUAACAAAAAAAUUUAAAAAUUUAAUUUAGAACACAUUAAUAAAUUAAAUAUAGUCAAAAUAGAAUAGGUGAAUAAUGUAUAAAGUCCAACUUUACGAUUAAAAGAUAAAAAUUAAAGGCACUUGAAGCAUAGGGAUCGGAUAAGUGGACACAGUCGGAAAUGAACCAUCUAGGAAUCGCCAAACGGGUGUUUAGCCUCCCAAUAUAUAUAGUAAAGGCACUUGAAGCUAACUCCUGAGCUGUGGUUCUUUUAAUCUGCAGGCCCGGCUAAGUUUUGGCCAAAUAGUCAAACUUCAGUGGAAAUCAAAGCGUUUGUUGUAGAGGAAAGGAUGAAAGCACGGGAAUUUUUUGUACGGGAGUUCCGUUUAGGGUAAGAAUAUACGGGAGUAGGAAGUUGUGCUUCCGACUGGAGGAGGGCGUCGAAAAGGAAUAGAGAAACCCCUGUAGUCGGAAAAGCGGAAUCCGACUGGGUGGGUUAGUGGUAGAUGAAUAAUUCCAAAACAGAGGCUACACAUAAGGAAUUUUAAUAGUCCUUAUUACAUUAUUUAUAAACAGUGGUUUAGUGGAGUAUAUUACAUUAUUUACGUUUUCAUUUUUUUGAAGGAGAUUUACGUUUUCAUUAAAAUAUUGUUUUAUAUAAAGUUAAUAUGGAAGUGAUUUUUAUUAGAGAAUAUUACUCGAAAUAGGACUAAAUAAAAAGGAUUCUAAAUUCCAAAAUAGAAUUGCUAUGUUUUUAUUUCCAAAAUAAGACUAAUUACUGUUGGUAGAAUUCAGUUGGAUAAACCUGCAAAAAACGUUAGAAAAAUAAUAUAGCUCGAGUCGCGUAAACGCUGUCCUCAAGAAAGUAUUUCCGACUAAUGAAAACAUUUCCCUAAGAUAAAACGAGUUCUUUGCCGUAAGUCAGUAACAGAACAACGAGAGUAAAAAUAAUAUUAAUCCAGCAGAGUAAAAAUAUUGGGGGGUGCUUAGCUCAAAUUAAUCUUUAUAUUUCAUUUGGCAAGCUAUCUUGGCCGAACAUAUAUAUUUAUAUGCAAGUGAAAGUUGUUGGCCAUAUUAGAAACCGAUGGAAUUUAAAACAUCUUAAUUACGUUUUUAUGUAUAAAAUAUUGGUUUUCAUAUAACGUUUUAAAAUUGUUAUUCAAAUAUUGGUUUUAAUACAGAAUUAUUUAUAAAUUAAUAAAUACUUAAAUGUUAAGUAUAGAAAUAGUGGUUUUAGGAUGUUUUCUUGUGACUGAAAUUUGAUGGUCUAAACUGGUCUGGUCUGAACUAGUCUGGUCCAUCAUGAUAAAUGUCUGGUCUCUAUGAUUUAGAACAACACAAAUUUUACCAAUUUUGAUAUAAAAAUGUCUUAGUGUGACAUCCCAAAAUAGAAAGAUGAGACAAUUUUAGCGGGACAGAGGGAGCAGCUGCUAGCAUAGUCAUGCGAUAAGUUAUAUUUAAAAUUACACAUGCAUUAUAUUUUUUAAAUAAAUAAAAUUAUAAAUAAAAAAGUUAUUAUGAUUUCUUGUUUUAAAAAAAUAAUAAGACUCCAAGUGGUCCACGUGUUGACCCUUUUUGAAAGUGUCCACGUGUUUAUUACCUUGUGAACAUGUAAUAUGUAAAAUAUUGAUAAUAUGGGUAUAAAAUUGAUAAAGAUAAUUAAAAGCACCAUUAUUUGACUUUGUCAUAAAAUGCAAAAGCCUAAUUCUCCAGUCGGAAUGGAGACUUCCGACUAUGGAAACAACUGAACCCUGUCGGAAUCCCCACUUCCGACUUCCUUAUUUUGGGAAACUCACGAAAAAAUCCCGUAUUUUGGAACUAGAUGUAACGUUUUCCCAUAUAGGGAAAUCACCCUAUAAACUUGGAGCCACCAAUAAAGUUGCAGAUGCCUUGUCUCGACGGGAGCAUCCUGAAAAUGGGGCCAAACUUACAGCUAUAUCAAGAUCCCAACGGAGGUUUGGUACGAAAUACGAACACUAACUCAAGAAGACACUUGCGUGCAAGAAAUUCAUUCAAAAAUAUGGAGUAUUAAACAAAGAGGUUGAAGUGGCAGAUUAUGAAGUUCGGAAUGGGUGCAUUUUGUUAGUACCCAAUUUUGAUAGAUUUUGAUGAUGUCACUAUACUUUGCACGUGUACAUUGUGUCUCAUAUUAUAGCAUUCAAAUUUAAGUGACAAAUGUAAAUGUACAAUUUUUGAGACUAAAGAAAUAUUACCGGAAAAGUAAAAAUGCAAUAAGGUAAAUUUUAUUUACCUUCAUAGGAUAUUUAGAUCCUACCGGCAAAUAUUAUUUAGCUCAAAGAUUAAUUAAAUGUCACAAAAAGAAAAUAGGUUCAAAAAUCAUAUACAUUGAAUUUACAUGAUUGAAGACAAAUCUUGACCGGUAUUUAAUACCGAAUCAAGUACUGAGGGCGGCAGCAUGGGACGCACACAUAGAAGAUACUUCAGCGCCCAAAAUUCUUGAAGACAAACGUUGCCGGCAGUUAAUGCUGAUCAAGUACUGGGGUCCAGAGCAUUGAAGUGCACACAUGGGACUGCCUCUGAAGGGAUACUUCAGCGGCUGAAUUAUUGAAGACAAAAUACACGUCCAGAAUCAAGCUCCAACACAAGAAGACGAAGAGCAAAUCGUCCUCGCCAAUAUUCAACGGAAGAGAUCAAUCUAUCCUAACCAACGGAUAAGAUUGAUCAGCCAAAAAACCUAUAAAUAGAGGCUGAAACGAAAGUUUCUAACCAAGCUUGAGCAUCCUAAGUAGAGAGAUACUUCUAUUGAGCAUUCAAGAAAUAUCUAGCAAAAGAAAAAGUGUUAUUCUAUCCAUGACUCUCUGCUUAGACUCUUGCUUCACUAAACUUCUUAGUAUCAAGUGUUCAUUGCUUAAAUCGUAGAAGUUUAGUUCCUAGUUGGAGGUUAGAUCUUUCUUGUAAACCCAUCAGAUAUUGUUGUAAACACUUCAGGAGGACAGUUAUUCCCGGCCUGAGUGUGGUUAGAUAGGUCAGGAGUACCUUUUGAUCCCCACUGGAUCAAUUGAGAAAAACCUAAAGGAUUGAGUAGCUUGGAGUGGUGUUGUACUCCUCGUGAAACACCUUCAAUCUAGGUCAGAGUUUUCAAGGCUAGAUUGGCACUAAGUGUAUUGGGCUUAAUACAUUAGUGAAAUCCAUCUGAAAGAGGGUGAGACUGGAUGUAGGAGGAUUACACCACCUCUGAACCAUGAUAUACUGUGUGUUGAUUCAUUUUCAGUCAACAAAGCACACACUGAACACUUCUCAUAAAAGAUUGUAGUUUGCCAGCAGCAUCCUAAUCAGUAGUCUUAAUUGAAUCUACUGCUUAUCCUACUGCUUAAUAACUCGUUUUCUUUGAGAUACAAGAAAUUCACAAUAUUACAACUAUAAGGUCUGUUCCAUUAGAUUUCAGGAAAUCCCACUUAAGGCAUAGCAGUUGCCUUAGCAGUCCCCUGGUGACUACCCAACUGCCAAGCCCACUGCUCACGCAAAAGUGUUUCCUUUGAACAUCUCCACUUCACCAGACCUUCACAACUCUAUCUCCACGAAGUCUGUUCAAACUAAUCACUGCAAUUCAAAGUGGUAACCCAGCAGUUGCCUCAGCAGUUCCCUCAAUAUCACCCAACUGUUGAGACCACUGCUCCAGUAAAACUCCCACUUACUUGGACCAAUGCACAUCUUCAGAAAGCCCACAUCAUCCUGAGAAACUCCACAUAAUCAAUCUUUCCAUACCUCCACCUUUACUUAAGUAGGUGCCUCAGCAGUUCCCUGGUUACCACCCAACUACUCAGACCACUGCUCUCAUUAAGAUUGAUUAUUAAUCUACCUUGUUAUAUCAUGAGAAAGCUAUUCCAAAUCUAAGAAAGAUUCUGAGUGCACUCUCAUCAUAAUUGAGUAUUUCGCUAGCAGUUGCCUCAGCAGUUCCCUGCUUUCUAGCCAACUGCUCACCUCACAAAGCUCAAAUUUCAUCCAUCAUAAGAAAGUGUUAUACACUAUUUAUCUAAGAGGUUAAAGAGUUCCGUUGUGCAUCUAUAAAUCUCCCAAAAGAUUAUAGAUCAACUCAUCUAGAAGGGAAAAGUUUUAAAGUUGAAAAAGCUUUAAAAGUCUAUUCAACCCCCCCCCCUCUAGACUUUUACCUCUAUCCGGGACCAUCAAGUGGUAUCAGAGCGGAGUGUUCCUAGAGUCAGUCUCUGACUAAUUUGAACUAAAGAUCCCAAACCACUAUUCUUCCCAAACACUUUCUAAGAAUGGAAAGGCAACAUACAAAGAAUCUAUUGUUCAAUCAGAACCAAUCUGAUGACUGGAUAAUCAAGGAUAUCUGGGAUGAGCUCACAGUGACCCAAUCAGAAGAUGAUCAAAGCAGUACAAGUGAUGAAGGCAGCUCAUCAGAAAGUAAGAAAGAGGCCCUGAUUUGCCUCUUUGGAAUGCACCAAACUGAUAGCUCCUUCCACAACCAUCCCAUGGCCAGAUUGAAUGAAAAUGACAAUGAUGAGGUAUUAUCCUGCUCCUCAAGUAGCUCAUAUGAUUCUAGCAAUUCCAGUGUUGAUAUGGAAGCUCUACUCCAUCAACUUGAAAAUUUUCAUAAGGAUCACCUUCUUUUAAUGAACGAGAACUGUAGGCUUCAAGAAAAUUUGAUUAUAGCCCAAGCACAAAUGGGUUAAGUAAUUAAAAUGAAAAAUCUUCUUGAAGUCGAAAACAUCAGUUUAAAAGAAAGGCUGAGCUCCUUCACUACCCCUAUUAUUGAGGAAGUUCAAAACUGGAAGAACACAGGAUCAGGAUACACACCUUUAUCCCAAUCAUUGAAAGACUCUCCCAAAUGCUCUCCUAUCACAAAACCCACCACAGAUCUACAAGAAACAAGAAAACCAAACCAACAAAACUCCCACUCCCAAACUCUGUCAAAUAAAAGGAACCUAUCCUCUCGCAGACCAAAAUCCAAACUUCCCUACAAUUCCAUCUUCCAAAAAAACCAACCAAUCAAAAGGACCAACUGCAUUCCAAAGAAAAAGCCGAUCCCUACAAUUACACAUAUUCCUCCCCUAUAAGGAAUAAUGUUCAUCAACAUAUAGCCAAUCCUCAGAAUGGCUAUAGAUCCAUCAGCUUAGAUCCAAAUGGUUCUAAAUUGGUAUGGUUGCCCAAACGCAUUCAAGGGAAGAUGCCCACCAACUUGUGGGCUGCUACUCAAAACUGACAAAUACGGGAAGGUGCUGGAGCAGCCAACUUACAAAAAUAAAUAUUCAAGCUGCUCCAUGCACAUGACAGACAGCAGAUGUCUACUGUCAAUACUAGAUCUGGAGAAGGACCCAAACCUUUGGGAAUGAGAAAGAUAAAGGAGAAACUAAAGGAGCUGGAAAAUACAAUCAAAGAACAGACCACUGCUAGCAGGUGACUCAAAUGAAAGAUCAUUGCCAGCAGUUGACUCAAAAUAUACGACACUGUGAGCUGCUGACUCAUUCAAAAAUCAACUCCUCAAGACGCUCCAGCUGAAUUAAGCACAAGGCUUAAUAAUUCUAAUCCUCUUACUCUACCAGAAGACUGUAAAGAAAAAGAGGAGGAUGAGCAGGUAACUCAAUUCAUUCAAACAUCUGACACAAGAUGAUUCAACCAGCAUCCUCCUCAUCAAAAUAUUGAUCCAAAGGGUUCACACAAGAUCAUCAAUCCAGAAAGAAGCAAUAUUUGCUUCUCCUCUCAAACAGAACCCAAAAGGAUUGAAGAAGCCCUACAAACAUCUGACUGGAUACAAGCAAAUUCAAAAGGAACAAUCCCUGAAUCUUGAAUACAGACCCUAUCAUCAACGUAUGAUAGGAACAAAAAGAGUAACCAAGGAAGGCAUCAUUGUUAAGGAUACACCAAAAUUGGUGACCAGAGGGUACUGCAAGGAAGAAGGACUAGAGUUUGAUAAAACCCCUGCCCAAAGUCGCCCCAGUAACGUCCUACUAUCAGAAUCAGAGUUGCUUCUCUAUCUGACCUUAAGACCCAAGAGGAUCUCUGUUCAAAGGUUCUCUGAUGAGGUUCUCUGAUGAGGUUCUCUGUUGAGGUUCUCUGAUGAGGUUCUCUGUUAAGGUUCUCUGAUAAGGUUCUCUGUUGAGGUUUUCUCUGAGGAGGAUCUCUGGUAACUCUUGAACAGAACAUCUCAACCUCUGAUAAAGUAUUCUGGUCUCAUCAGAAGUGCUCCAACUCUGUAGCUAGCACCAGAAGUGAUCAACGUAUUCUGGUCCAUUACAACAUCAUCUACCCAACAUCCUUGAAAAUGUGUUGCCCAUAAGAAAAUUCACAAUCUACAAGCUGAAUGUGGAAAUUGCCUUCCUAAAAACGGUCUACUAGAAAAGGAGGACUACGUGGAGCAGUCCCC